UUGAAAUAGCGCUUUGGCCAACAAAAUAUGUCUGAAACAAACAUUACUCCUGGAAAUGAUGAUAUCGCGCUGCAGAAAGAGGAAUCUCUUCUCGAUUUCACCAGCAGUUCUCUGGAGGCUAGGUCCCUGGAACAGGGACAAAACUGCGAAGAUAUAACUGUGAAUAGCAUUGUGGAUGCAAUUCUGACCAAGAUUGAAAACAAAUUAAUGGGCUAUGAUGCGAUCAAGAUGGAGUUUCAGAAUAUGCGGGAAUCCCUGGACACAUAUAGUCAGCAAAUGGAAGCACUGGAUCGGGACAUAGCUGAAAUAUUUUUGGACUUGCACAAUAUUUAUAAGAAGCUUGAAAGACUCGAUAAAAAUGGCAGGAAACUGUGCAGCACGAAGAAAGCAGUUUUAUUAAGACAUGUCAAGGAGUCUGAAGACUUGCUCGACCGUUCGCGCCAUUAUCUAACAAACGAUCCCAAAGAGAUGAGUGCUCAACUUGUUGGUCCACCUACGGAAGUCCCAUCGAUUCCUAAGGUAACAAACAAACCCCAAUAAACCCAAUCGCUAUCAAGGACACAGCCAAUGUGGACGGCAGUACGAAACAGCCUGUUGGGAUUAGCUCGUCUUUCUUAUCAACAUGGUGAUGAUUAAGAAUAACUCCACCUCAAUCGGCACAAAACAUACUUCAGAGACGCCAAGCGGGUAUUAAAUUUGCACUGCAAUUAAAAAAUAUUUAUUAAA